AAUCAAGCAGACGGAUUGGCCGAUUGGUUCUUGUUCUUGGUUCAUUUCUUUGUUGUGUUUACAUAAUAACACUGACACUGAGACACGAAUUAUUUCUUUCUACAGUUCAGUACAGAUAAGUUAACUCAUAAGAAUGGAUAAACUUCGGCGAGCACUGGCUGGUGACGACGGUAGGGACGAUGACAGCGCUACAGGAAUAUUACCUAAUUUGGAUGCUACCACUCUGAGUUGGUCAACACGGAUAAAAUGUUUUGCCUUCUGCUUCAUCCUUGGAAUCUUGGUGUCAAUGUUGGCAUCACUGUCCCUGUUCCUGCACCGCGGCUGGUCCCAGUUCGCUGUUCUAUACACACUGGGGAACGUCAUUUCUAUGUUGAGCACACUGUUCCUGAUGGGGCCCGUCAACCAGAUGAAGAAAAUGUUUGCCCAGACUAGGAUAAUCGCCACAAUCACAGUUUUGGUCAUGAUUGUUCUCACUCUGGUUUCUGGACUUUGGAUUCAAAACCCUGGGUUGGCAUUUCUGUUUAUAAUCAUGCAGUGGAUGGCUAUGACCUGGUAUUCUCUCUCCUACAUUCCUUAUGCCAGAGACGCAGUCAAGAAAACUGUCGAGACAUGUAUCGCUUAACUCCCAUUUACUGUUAAUAUUAUAUAUUUUUUAUCAAAUAAUUAAUUACUUUAUAAACACAUUGUUUGCUGUACCCUAAUCAAUAACUCAUUUGAUGUAAAACAUAAAGAGGUAGACCCUGGUGUCUUUCAUGUCAAAUGUUAAUGAUUUAAAAUUCACUAGUUUUGUAAAACUCUGAGCAUGUAGAAACCUUUUAAUUUUGAGAUGAAUAUGUACAUGUAAUAUAUGAAUACAUGCUCCAGGCAAAAUCUUUUUUUUACUUAAACUUAUAAACUAAUUGUGGUUGGGUAUUUUUUUACCAAUCUUAUUCAUUUCCAGUUUUUUUUUUUAGGGAUAGAUGUUUUAAAAUAUUUAUUUAUAUAAUUGUGAUAUAUUUACUAAAAAUUGUAUAAUUUACUGUUGAUAAUUUAUUUUUAAUAUAGACAUACGAUAACUAAGUGUAACGAGAGAUCCUGUGUGCAAAUUGAACAUUAAUAGGGUUUAAACUUGUGAGAUAUAACGAAUAAAGCAAUAUGCCUUCACCUUUAAAAUAUUUCCUUGUCGCUGAAAAAUUUAAUAAUUUCUCAUUAUCAUAUCAAACAUAAUACAAUGUUUGCUUGAGACAAAUAUUACAUUAAUUUACAAUAUUUUAAAAUUUAUCUCGGGGGAAACAACCUUAAGGUAUUUCUCACAAAGUAAACAUCCCUUUAAAUGUUCAUGUGCUGGAUCAUAGUCUUUAAAAUGAUACCUCCAUCUUAAAAAUCAGUUAAGAGGACAGGCGAAAAAGAUAUGAUAAAGAGAUAACCCUUAAUAUUUUAAGUAGGCUAUAUCUGGUUUGUGGCAAAAUACUCCUUUUCCAAAUAACUUUACUAGAGAACUGUUAUUUGUACAUAAUAAUUAAUUUAUCUUCCUAAAGCAAGCCUUGUUUUAAUAAUCAGUUUCCACAAAAUGGAUGUAAUAUCAAUCAAGUUUUUGUUUUAGAACAGCAUUUUCAAUCAUAUCACUCUAGUUUUAUCCGUAAGGAUAGUAGGUUUUUCCAUCUUCAGCCAUGAGUAUACACAUAGUUUUUAGCUAAAACUAUUUUUUUUUUAAAUCAACUCUACAUAUUUUUUUUUUCAAGUUCACUAGAAGACUGAUUAUUGUCAAGGGAUUUUGAUAACUCAUGGAUGGUGGCAAAAUUGUUAAACUUUUGGUGGAUGUGUGUAAAUUUCUUGAGCAAAGAAGUGAAUUCCAUUCAGAGGACAAAAUUGAGAUUCUGUUUGAAUUUUAGACUUAAAAAAGUGUUUUGGAUUAAUGUGGGAUCCAUACCAGAGGCUGUAGGGUUGUGAUAAAACAAAAGCUGUUACUCGUGAUUGACUGGGUUGGAUUUUAAAUUUUGAGCCUACACUUUCAGGAAAACACGUUAACUUAUACAGUAGACUCCCUCUUAUCCGGACUCCUCGGAACUGAGGCCAGUCCGGAUAACGGGUUUUCCGGUUAAACCGACGUCCCCAAAAACUCGUUAAAACGGACUGUUUACUGUGAUAUUCAACUUAAAUUUAGGUGAGCAUUGUAUUUAGACACGUGAUCACUGGUCUCAAAUCUUUCCCUCGAGAACAGUCGUUUCAGUACUGCCCACUUCCUGCCGAUCAAGUCCGGUUAAACCAAUGUGCUGAUAAAAAUUGUCCGGUCAAAGAGAUGUCAUUUCCGCCAAGUGUAGUCCGGUUAAACCGAUGUCUGAUUAAAAGGUGUCCGGAUAAGAGGGAGUCUACUGUACAACCUAAUAAAAAGAACAAAUACUAAACAAUAAUAAAACCCUGUUGAACUGGUGCUGUUGGGCUUUGAUGAGAAAUACAUUGUAAAAGACCAUCAUGUUAUAAGUUACAGUUAAAUUAAGAUUCAGUUGAUUUAUUUGUUGUGUGCUCCAUUUAGAUAUGAGUCCUCAAUUUGGGGAUUUAAAAAUGCUGGGUAGAAUUUCAUAUUCAUACGAUUCAAAUAAACUGGUUUUGUUUCGUGAUAGACUCGAUGAAUAAAAGAUAUUCAACUCAGGAAUAUUUUGUGUUAUGUUAUUCAUGAAUAUUUAUGUGUGAAAGGUAUGUGAAUAAUUUGUUGGAACGGAACUGUUAUGCGGUCAUAAUUUCAUGAUUGUAUGUUUGUUUGAAUUUUGACAACUGGUCUUUUGUUGGUACUUGUUCAAUGCAACUGAUCUUUUGUUGGUACUUGUUCAAUACAACUGGUCUUUUGUUGGUACUUGUUCAAAGCAACUGAUCUUUUGUUGCUACUUGUUCAAUACAACUGAUCUUUUGUUGGUUAAUUUGACACCAAUUUAGUUUUUUUUUUUUCUAUUGAAGUAGAUAAAAAUAGGUCUAUUCCGUCCUGUAUGCUGAGUUAAUUUCUAUGGAUUAGUUGUGAAAAUAUUCACUAAGCCUAUAAAAUCCUUAUGGGUUUUAAUUUCCUCAAACUUUUAUAACAAUGCAAUCCUUAAAAGUCUGAUCAAUUUCACCUUUAACUCUUUAUCCUUUAGUCUUCACCAAACUGUGGCAAGAAGCUAGCUGUCUACAUUAUAUGUCACAAAUAAUACCUCUAGAAUCCAUCAACUGUUUAGAUUCACACUAAAAUUUUAUGUUCAAGAAGACCUUGGCUCUGAAACUUAUGUCAAUUAUUGAAUACUGUCAAUUACAAAUACAUAAAGUUAUAAAAUAUGUUUAGAUUGAAUUAUUUAAUCAACUUUUACUGAUAUUGUAUUGUAGGACAUUUUAUACUUUGAAGUGAUUUAUAUUUUUAAAAACAGCAUAUUAAGUUAAAGUGUAAUGACAAUAAAUACUACUAUCAUUAAUUGUUCUAUUGGUUUAGUUUGAUAAGUAUGUACAUAUUAUACUGUGUAAGCU